ACCUUUGCUUUGCUUACAGCAGCAGAGCAGGGGCAAACUUGGCAUCGAGUUUGGUGUACUGUAUCCACGCACCAAAUGCGGCUCACGCCAAGAUUGCUGAGGGGCAGAGUUAAUGCCGUCACGGAUCAAUCGCUGGAUAUCUAUCCGGAAUGGCCGUAUUUACUUCCAGAUAUCAAAAGGGCAAAAGGGUACACCAGAGACGGAAAAGGGGCAUCUUUUUUCUGAAUGUGUGUAUCUGUCGUAGAUUUGGCCACAAAGAGGACUGGAUUCGUGGUGUUGUGGGUAACCAACCAUGUGAGAUUAGUGCUUUGAUAGGGAUCGUCUCUUCUUGAUGUUGUGGCAAACCUUAAUUGACUAGCAGCAUUCCGCAUUCCAUCAUUUGAGUCACACUUGAAUCACUGGGAAAGAGUCGAGCAGCAUCUGACAUGCUAUUGCCGCAGAACAAUCUGUAGAAGGACACCCCUUUACCCUUUCGAUAAUGCAAGGGCAGAGGAAUUCCGUCGAACAGCUGUCCGACGUCUUCGGGUUUGACCAUGGGUCUGGUUCGGGCAACCCCGUCAUGGACCAGCAGGCGUACUGGAACAGCAUGCUUGGAGCGGCGGAGUCGCAGAACCUCCAAGGCUACGAGAUGAACCGCGGUGACGGCGCCAUUCCGUAUGGAGGCGAGGCGCAUCAAGAUGGCCAGUUCUUGGGUUUCUGGGGGUCAGGUGAGGCUAGCUCGAGUGGCAAUGCGCUCAACUAUGGGAGCUCCAACGCGAUCAAGGCUGAGCAUCUGAACAUUGGUGGUGGUUUGAGGAUCGGUGAGAGGCGCCUGGGUGCUGAGCACAGCCUUUCUUUGGAUAAUGUGGAUAUCAACCUUAACGCCAGUGGCCAUGAUCUCUUCGGUCAGAGUUCCAAUGCGAACAACGCCUCUCAAGGCUCACAGCAGCAUGCUGGGUGUUCCCGUACUGAUGCCACCGCCCAGGCCACUGAGCUAAGAUUGCAUCCUUACAGAACUUUUGGUUUAGACGACGAGCAGCCGGAGCCGUUCCCUUCUUUGAAUGCUUUCGAACAUCCUUUGGGGAAUUUUGCCCUGAUGCCAGAGGACGUUGAUCAAAGACCAGGCAGUAGUUCCCUGGACGGCCGACGUUUAGCGUGCAAGAGGAAAAACAUUGAAGGAGUCCAUGGGCAGUUUUCAGCAGGUGCUAGCACAAGCUUUUCCCACAGAAAUGAUAAUGCCUUCCAUAGUGUUCCUUCCUCAAGUUUCAAUCCGGCUCCUGGCCCAAAUGUGUCGUCUCAUAACUUCUUGUUGGCUCCAAGUUCCAUCGAGGAACAACUCCCGAACUAUGGAGCUGCUACAGGAAUGUCAUCUGUUAGCUACAAUCAUCCUAGCGGAGGCAAUAACAUUUCAGGAAAUUCACAGAGAAGUUUUCGGGCAAGAACUACCACCGCUCAGCAGGUUAGCCCCUAUGGUGUAUGGCCCCCUUCAGGUUCUAUCAGGCAUCCCGGUUCAUAUUAUCACCAGGCGCCUGCCUUUCAGAGCGCAUUUGAUGAACUAGAAGCGGCUAUGCCUGUGGUCAGUGGAAUCAACUUGCAAUACCAGCAUCCUGGAAAUGUAGUCCCUGGUAUUCCACAAACCGCACACCGUUUUGCUGGCCAUGGAGCUUCAUCGUCAAGAGCUGGCAGUUUGGACAACAUAAUUCUUGGCAGAGAGGAAGUUACUGGGAGGAAUCUUGUAGCUCCCGGCUUCCCUAAUGCGGCCCCUCAUGCUGCACUAGACAUGAGACAUUUGGUGCCAGAUUUGUCUAAUUGGAAUUCUGACAAUCCUGGUGCUACCAUCCCUGGAAAUGUGUCUUCUGUAUCAAGAGCUAAUGCCAGUUCAACGAUUAGUCGACCAGCAGGCUCAACAUCUCUCACUCAUCAGAACCUACAUCGACGGCACCCUAGAAAUUUAUCAGAGGAAAUAGGUCGUCUAUCUGGAGCACUUCGUGGUCCGCAGCACCCGCGCUUAAGGUCAGGGUUUCUAUUGGAACGUCAGGGUGAUGGUGUUUGGGGUGUUCCAUUACCAAUGAGGAAUACUAGGGAGGGAAGAAGAUUAAUGGAGAUACGGAAUGCACUAGAAAUGAUUCAGAGAGGGGAGAAUGUCAGAUUUGAGCAGUCUAUUUUCUAUGGUGGCGUCGAGAUUCAUGAUAGACACAGGGAUAUGCGUCUUGACAUAGACAAUAUGUCUUAUGAGGAACUAUUAGCAUUGGAGGAAAGAAUAGGAAAUGUUAGCACUGGGCUCACCGAGAACGAUGUGAUGAAGCUCCUGAAGCAAAGGAAAUUCUCGUCAUGGAGAUUAUCAUCUGUGGAAUAUGAGCCAUGCUGUAUUUGUCAGGAAGAAUAUGUGGACGGUGACGAUCUCGGGACGCUUCACUGCGGGCACGACUUCCAUGCCAGCUGCAUCAGGCAAUGGCUAGUGGUGAAGAACCUGUGUCCGAUCUGCAAAAGCACCGCCCUGAAGACCUAAGGCAGCAGCAAGGCUCAUCGGAUGUCCGUUCAGUCGACCGCAAGAUCAUUUUAUUGAUUCAUAAUACCGCAACUUUUUGGCCAAAGGGUUUUGCAUUCACCUAAAGCUUGAUUAAAAAAAAAAUCCAAAAUUCCUUGAAAGAAAGAUUCAAAACUGGUCAUCGUUUCGAAAAACAAAGAAAGGUUCAAACUGGUAUUACCUGUAAGCCGCUGUCGUGUCGCGGCAAAUAAUCCUGGGAUCUGUGUCUAGUACUCAUUUGACUAAAUAUUCAUCAAGGAUGCAUGGCAUAAUGGAUGCUAGUUUAAAGUGA